AUGUCAUUCCUACCAUCUUUCAUUCUAAGUGACGAAUCCAAGGAGAGAAUCUCAAAGAUUCUAAGUAUGAGCCAUACCGUUGUUCAUUACGGAUGGAUGCCUUUCAUCUUGUACUUAGGUUGGGCUCAUACCGCAAACAGGCCAAAUAUUUUGAACCUGCUCUCCCCAUUGCCUAGCAUUUGA